AUGGCGAGAGCGAAGAAGAAUGUUGAGAGGCGAAAGGUGUUUGUGGCCUCCUGGAACGUCAGGACACUCCUCGAGUCCAGCGGAGCCGUCAGAGUAUGCAGGAAGCGAGUUGGAGAGUGUUCGGUUGAUACAAAGUUGGAUUUGCUUGUCUCGGAAUUUAAAAGGUAUCGCGUUGGAAUUGCUGGCGUGCAGGAGACGAAAUGGUUCCAGUCUGAUGUGUGGCCUGCCUGUGGAGGAACAUUCGUUCACUCGGGGUGUCCACUGCCUGUUGAUGACGAGAGUGGACAGCGGGGUAAGGGCGUUGGAAUUUAUUUCAACAACGAGAUGACGGGGGCCUGGAAACGCGCGGGCGAGACUUGGUCGGCAGCAAGUUCAAGAAUUGUCAGCGCUCGCUUUCAUCUAUCAGCUGGUGACGGGUCGUUGCCCACUGGUUUUCAUCGUUCCAGAGCAGAGUCGUAUCUCACUGUCGUGAACGUGUACGCUCCGACAUCGAAAGCACCUCCACACAUCAAGAACAAAUUCAUGGACGAUCUGCAGCUUGUUAUCGACGCAGUGCCUCGUACUGACCGACUGGUGUUUUUGGUCGACUUCAAUGCGCGAGUGGUUGUCAAUUCCUCUUGUGACAAGUCGUUGAGUGACGUAGUUGGCCCACAUGGAAUUGGACAAUGCAACGCUGCUGGGGAGGAUCUUCUAGUGUUUUGUAAUGUAAACCGUCUCUCUGUUAUGAACACCUGGUUCAGGAAGAAGUUUUAUGGCACAUGGAUGCACCCAGCUACGAAGGAGGUACACCUGAUUGACUAUGUUGUUGUCCGUGCGGAUCAGAGGAGUGAGUGGCAUGAUGUGCAGGUGAUGCGUGGUGCGAACUGCUGGUCGGAACACUCCAUGGUACGUGGCAAGUUUAGUUACGAGGUCGGUCACAAGAAGUUUUAUCCCGUGGCAUCUGCAAGAUACCGUCCAAUUGCUGUUGCUAGGCUGAGGGAUGACAAAGUGAGUAAGGCGUUUUCAGAGAAAGUGUCUGACCUCCUGCCUGCUGAGGCUGUGGACGUGGAUGGUGGUGUGGACACAGAGCAGGAGUGGGCGGCAAUGCGCAAAUGCGUGGUGGCGGCUUCCAGCGAGGUGUUGGGAUACGAGACACGACGACAGCCGGACUGGUUCCGUGACAGCGUAGAUACCCUCAGGCCUCUGAUUGAGCGGAAGAAUGCAGCACACCAGGAGUUCCUUCAGAAGGACACUCGUGAUAGCAAGCUGGUGUUUCGUACGCAGCAGAGGGCGGUGCAGCGUGCCGUGAAUGCUGCAAAGGAAGUGUGGAUCGAGCGGGUCGCCACCCAUGCUGACAACUUGGAUUGCCAUAGCAGGAUGCGGUGGGAGUGUGUCCGCCAAUUACAGGAAGUGAAUGUUGGCCGUAAGCCAGCACGUCCCUUGUCUGUGCUGGACGAGAAUGGUAACCUUACGACCGACCCUGCUGCAACUUGUGACCGCUGGCAGCGGCAUUUUGAUGGUGUCCUCAACAUCACAAGUCAGUUUUCCGACAGUUCGCUGGAGUCCCUGGAACUCCGUCCUACCCGCCAUGAGUUAGAUAACCCGCCCACGCACCAAUAA